UAACAACAAAACAGUAUGUCGAGAUUGGAGGCUUUCACAGUGGUCAUAAUAUUAUGGACAGCGGUUCUGGGCAAUGCCGCCGAACUUCAAGAAAAUAUUAGACUAAAGGACUAUCGGGUUAUGAACAAGUUACGUCCCUUGUCAGUAGAAUUUGUAGAUUAUUAUCAAAAUAUUACCAUAAAGGACUUACAACGAGAUGAUGCAAGUUCGAAAAUACCCACUCCACAAGACGCGCAGUGUUUUGUAGACUUUGCACUAGUAGUCCAGGGCUUGAGCUUGGGCGGCAUAUGGGCCAUGAGAAUGAUUGACUCGUGGGGUUCGCUGCCAUCAGGUAUACUAUAUGGCAAUCGCAAGGAUUUGGGUAACUACGAUGAAUGUCUGAGUAUUGACCAUGUGAUUACUGCCGGGCAUAAUGUGAAGGGGAAAUACUGCUUUUCGGAAGUUAAAAUUGGUAAUUUGUUACUUGGAUCAAGUGCACUUAAUGUCAAGACUGCCGUUUGUUUUCCCUCCUCCUGCUCGGCGGACAAUAUGGACAUAUUGUUAAAACGGUUAUACAAGCAACUUCUCGGCCUAAACUUUAGUGAGAAUUCGACUUUGGUUAACGAAGCCUCCUGCAGAAUAGCCGAAAGGGAACCCCUUGACGGUUUGACCAUAUUCACGAUAAUCCUUUUGUCCAUAUUCGCCUGCUCGAUGGUCUUGGCCACCCUAUACGACUAUUUCAUAUGCGAAGAUCAGAAGAAACUUCCUCCCAUUGUGAAAGCUUUUUCGGCACGGGCGAAUUCCCGUUCUAUAUUCCGCAUUGUGGACAGCAAAUCGAAUCCCAAUGUCAUCGACUGUCUUCAUGGAAUACGCUGCAUGUCCCUAAUUUGGGUAAUCUUUUUUCAUGUCUACAUGAUAGCCGUUUACUUGCCCAAUCAUAAUUUGGUUAAAAUCUAUCCGUGGUCCAAGUCCGCCUUCAGCAUGUUUGUUAGAGAGGCCAUUUUUGCGGUGAAUACUUUCUUCUUUAUCAGCGGUUUGUUGGUUGUCCUGGUUGUAUUACGCAUCAUGGAGAAAUCGAAGGGAAAGAUUAAUUUGCCCAUGCUGUAUUUGCAUCGAUUUCUGCGACUCACACCGGUGCUCGCCCUUGGCAUACUUAUCUACAUGAAGAUGCUUCCGCUAUUUAGAGUUGGACCUAUAUCGAAUGGUUCCUUUGAAGACUAUGAGGCGGUGUGCAAACGAACAUGGUUCUGGAAUAUAUUAUAUAUGCAGAAUUAUGCCACCACAGAUAUUUGUCUUAGCCAUUCGUGGUAUCUGGCCGCCGAUAUGCAACUCUUUUUGGUGGCAUCCUUUCUCCUUAUUGCCCUCUAUAGGUGGGGCAAUAGGGCAGCAGCUGGCAUUGUGGUACUCAUUUUGCUGCUAGCCACAUGUCUUUUCUGUGAAGUUUAUAUUAAACACUGGUCCUUAUACUCAUCCAAUUCACACAAGGUCAACUUUGCCACUCAUGUUCAAGCAUCGCCAUAUUUAAUUGGUUUACUCUUUGGCUACUUUUUGCAUGUGAAUAGGGGCAAGACUUUUAAGUUAAAUCGCAUUGUGGUCUGGCUUUUAUGGCUAAUUAGUGUGGGCCUACUCUUUGCCUGUAUCCUGGGUCUCUAUGGUUUCGCAAAAGCCGUCACCUCAGUUCCCUAUUUGAGUGAAGCCUUCUAUUUGCCCAUGACACGCAUAGCCUGGCCAUUGGCUCUCUGUUGGAUAGUCUUUGCCUGCAUGCAGGGUUAUGGUGGCUUGGCAAACAGUUUCCUCUCCUCACCUUUGUGGCAACCAUUGUCCAAGAUCUCAUAUUGUGCCUACAUCUUUCACAUGUUCUUCAUAGUUCUCAAUGGAAGCAUAACACGUACCAGUACACAUUUCAGUGACUAUCAAGUGAUGCUCCGUUUCUGGGGAGAUUUCGGCUUUACAAUAUUGUUUGCCUAUUUGAUGUGCAUUCUGAUUGAAAUGCCCUUUGCUAAUCUAAUGGAUCUCUUGCUGCCCAAGCCUAGAAAGCCAUCUCCCAAACAGCAAACUGAGCCAGAAAUACAAUCAUCCAAAGUUCCUGAAUAGUUUUUAUUUACUUACUUAUUUAAUUAGUUUGUAGAAAUAAAAUAAUUCUUGCUUAUAGCAAAUGGAUGAAGUUAUCCGCUAA